AUGACUACUGGAUUUAUAAGGCUAAAGGCGCAAGCUUUGGCGAACUACUUGGCCGCAUAUCCAGAAGCCCACUUGUUUGAACCCGAGGUCGUUGUUACAAAAGGCAUGGGAAGUUACUGGGCCGGCAUCGCAAUCGACGAUCGCACAAGUUAUGUUCUCAAGCCCCAAAGGCCAGCUUCAUCAGCUACAGCAGCUUUAGAAUAUCUUCUCGAGAUGACGGAGCAGCUGUUCGCCAACAAUCAGAAUCCGGAAAUUUCAUCGAAGGACCCUAUUGGUGUUUCCGAGAUAGCUUUGUGGACUAUAACUGAGCUGAAAGAGCAAAUCCUUGCAAACUACAAGCACAUGCACUUCGCCCCCAACGAGCAGGAUCCUGAUAUUGUCAUCCUUAAGAAAGGCUUCGAAUACUUCGCGGCUUGUGCGAUCAAAGAUCGCGCCAACUACGUGCUUCUAAUGGAGAAACCCAGUCCAUCUAUGAGAGCAGCGCUGGAACACCUUCUGAACGUGACUGCUGAGAGUUUGACCGUCACGAGAGACAAGCUCGAAGAGAUACAUGCAAUAGGAUCUGAUGAGCCACCUGAGUUCCACGAAGAAGAGUUGCAGUGGAACUUUUCAUCGCCCCCUCUGAGCCCCGAGACCAUGGCAGAAUCGUCCAUGAUGAUGGGCAUAAGUCAUGCACGAAAAUCAAGAACAACAAACCAUCCGGCUGGAACAUCGGAUUUGGCUGCAUCAUCGACCGUGUAUCCUCGAGUACCGAAACGUCCGGCUUCUGUCAUAGCGGACGAGGGAGAAGAUGAAGCUGGUCCCAGCAGCUUGCCCAGGAACAUCAGGAGCCGGCGGGAGUGA